CAUAAACGCGGCACACCGGAGCAGCGCAUGCGUUGUGAGGCGAUGAGAGUGCGACCCGGUGGGGUGAGGAGCGUCCAGUCCCGCCCCCUUCCUGCGGCUCUCCGUGCCUGGGAGGCCUGCCCCGGCCCCCGGGGUAGCGCGGAGCCAUGGCGCAGCGGAGGACGGCAGAGCGCGGACCUUGCCAAGCGGAGGCGGAGAGCGCCAGGCAGCAGCGGCAGCUUCUAGAAGGGAAAGCUCAGGCAGAAGGUGGAUCAGCUCGGGCAUCUCUUCUUAUUUUAGUGUCCAUCUUCUUAUCGGCUGCUUUCCUUAUGUUCCUGGUAUAUAAAAAUUUCCCACAACUGAGUGAAGAAGAAAGACAAUGUAUAAAGGUUCCUAGGGAUAUGGAUGAUGCAAAGGCCUUGGGAAAAGUCUUGUCCAAAUAUAAGGACACAUUUUAUGUUCAAGUAUUAGUGGCUUAUUUUGCAACAUAUAUUUUCUUACAGACAUUUGCUAUUCCUGGGUCUAUAUUUCUCAGUAUCCUGUCUGGGUUUCUUUAUCCCUUUCCUCUGGCCUUAUUUCUUGUCUGUCUGUGCUCAGGACUUGGAGCAUCCUUCUGCUAUAUGCUCUCAUACCUAGUGGGACGUCCUGUUAUAUACAGAUAUUUGACAGAAAAAGCAGUGAAAUGGUCAGAACAGGUUGAAAGACACAGAGAACACCUCAUUAACUACAUAAUAUUUCUGAGAAUAACACCGUUUCUUCCCAAUUGGUUUAUCAAUAUAACAUCUCCUGUAAUUAAUGUGCCAUUGAAAGUAUUUUUCAUUGGCACUUUCCUAGGUGUGGCACCACCGUCUUUUGUAGCUAUCAAGGCAGGAACAACGCUGUACCAACUUACAACAGCAGGGGAAGCUGUUUCCUGGAACUCUGUGUUUGUUCUCAUGAUUCUAGCCAUCCUCUCCAUCCUACCAGCUGUCUUCCAGAAGAAACUGAAACAGAAGUUUGCAUAAGGAUCUAACUGGACCAGAGUUUUUCAUAUUUCAUCUCAGGAUCAGCACUUCUGAUAUUUGUAUAUUUGCUUUUCUAUUGGAUUGUAAACAAUUAAAGGAGAGGCUUGUAGUUGAUGAAAAUGUCUUUAAAUGAACACAUGGCAUAAAAUGGAAGGAAAUGCAUUCAGAAAUGUACUGCAUAUAGUUUGUAACGAAGCCAUCAGCAUUUUGUUUUUGGGGGUUGGGGAGGCAUGCCCCAGAAUGAGGGAAGUGAAAACACAGAUUUUGCUCUGAUUAUAGGCAGAGCAAACAUUGUAAUAUAGACAAACCAGAGAUAGUGCAGGAAAAAACCCUUAAUUAUUCAAUCCAUUUUUGUAAUGCUCUCAGCAGACUUGCAUGUGAUCUCAUCUGAGUACAUUUCUCAUCAACAAUAUUUCUCUUCUGUUUUUGCCUUCAAAAGUUCCAAAAUAACAGCAUACUACAACAACGGUGCUUUCUCAAACAAAGGGUUUUCUCAGUACUUUAAUUACAACAAUAUUCUCACCCUGAUGGUUUACUUGUAUUUAUCAGUGCUAUAUCCAUUUAAAUACUUGAACCUAUGUCUGCUUUACUAACUGGAUUAACAAAGGCCAAGUGUCACAUCAUUCCCUCUUGUCCUCUGUAAAGUUCUGUUGUGAGAGAGGAUAUAGGAAAGGGGAGAGCAGGUUAGCACUUUUAUUGUGGUUGGCUGAUUUUGAAGUUCUAAUUUUAAUUUUUUAAUGUUGAUUAUUUUGCCAAUAUUUCACUUGCAUAGAUUUAUCCUGUGAAGUUAAGAGAAUUAUAUAAAACUCUAGGUUCUCAAGUGGUUUGAAAGUAUUUAACCAUUGUAAUAUCACUAUUUCCCAACAAAUAUGUAAAGUGCAUAAAGUUCUCCGUUGCUGCUCAAUUAAUUGGAAGAAAUGGCAGGUACACAUAUUGGUGUGGUUCUUAAAGAACCAAUUCCAAGCAAUGUUCAAAGCAUUGUGCAACAGAAGGCUCUUGUGUCAAUGUGUAUAAAAUUGAAGGGAUGAUUCCAUUGUCUGGUAACUGCCAAUGGACAAUGUGCUACAAUUCACCAUUCAGUAGAAGUAUAUCUGUUCACUCAGUAAGGUAUAUGAUGCCUCCCCCUGUAUGCUUAUAACUUUUGUAGUUUGUAUUGUCCGUGGAAUCCUGCCCUGGUUAGCAAGGAACUGGGGUGCAUAUUUAAUUUUUAUCCUUCUGAAACCAGUGCUGCUUAUAUGCUUUAAGUUGGUGCCCCUGAAAUACCUUGCUGAAAUGGGGGUAGACACACUAGCACAUGCUCCAUUUCAAGGGUUUAGUUGUCUGUAUCCUCAUGUUACUUCAUCAUAUGACUGAUCAGAUGAAAGAGUUCCAUAAAUGUGAUAAUGUGAAAGGUACUGGUACCUCUAAAGGGUUUGUUCUGUUUAUACCACAAUGUCAACUCUUCUCGGUUUCACCACAGCAUUACAUGUAAAUAUAUAGUAAAUGCUAUUGAUAAACUGUUUGUCUUUUAUUUAAAUCUGAGCUGCACAGUAAAUGGUAUUUUUUACAUAGGUAAAGGAGUUCAUAUCACUUCUGUUUGGAAGUUAUUUGUAAGAUCAUUUAGCUUCAAUGAUUGUUUUGGUAUUUAGCAUUCACUCAGUAUUUUAUUGGCGUUUAAACUGACCAGUCAUUACUUUUAUUGCUGCAGUUCUAAUCUCUGAGGUUCAUCUACCCAGGGGAUUUAUUCCAUAGUAAACCUGAUUGUGAAUUUAGCUGUUGUGAGCAAGGCUUCCCCGGGCUGUUGAGUGUAAAGUUGCUGUAGUUUUACAGCCUACUUUGCAUAGCUACUUUUUCAUGCAGAUGAACUGUUAGAAUGAAUUACUUAAUGCCCAGUGGCUUUUCCCAAAACUUGUCUCAAUUUCUGGUCAAUAACACAUGCUGUUGUGAAAUUCCUCCUGUGUUGUAUAAAGCCAGUGUUUUGGUAGAACCUUGACACUACAGAAGGAACUGAACUGUUUCAGUUCAAUGUGACUCUUUAUGUUGCCUGAUAUUUUCACUGAGUUGUAUUUCACUGUGUAGAUGGGAUCAGGCUAUGUUAUUGAAAAGUCAUUUAGGUUUAAGCUGCAGACUGGGGUCCCAUCACAGUGGCUAAAAAGCCUUAAGACCUUAAAAAGAUUGGCAAUAAGGUUAUUUCCUUUUGCAAAACCUUAGUUUCCCUUUUUUUUUUUAAAAAAAGUCCCUUCUGUAUUCUGUCUUCAGCUCCUAAGAGCCUCAAGUGGCUUCCUACCCCAUGAGGACUACUGAAGGUUGUGAUGUGUAAGGCCUUGUGAAAGGCACAACCCCCACUGUGCUGUGGAAUACUGUGUUAGCCUAUACUUCUUUAGGGAAUUAAGUGUGAUUGGAGAGACAGCCAUAACAUUUUUUGACAAGGAGACAGCAUUGACCAUGAAAGGAUUGAAAAUCAGGAGGAAGUAGCUUUGUUUACUAAUCAUGAGGAAUUUUGAGCUGUUAGCUGACCUGUUUAUCUUUUGGUGGGUUUUGUGAUACCUGCAUGACAUCGUUACUAAAUGUUUCUUGCUGUUUGAUAAUAAAGCUAUUAUAUAAAACAUGAA